AUGAAGAUGAUGAAUGUGGUAUGGACAUGCAUAGUACUGAUUUCUUUAGUAAUAGUUGUAUCCUCAAUUGAUGAAGACCGAAAGGUUUUUAUUGCUUACAUGGGAUUUCUCCCGGAAGGAGAAUAUUCACCUUCAUUGCAUCACUACGAAAUCUUGAAAAAUAUUACCAACCCCAGCUGGUUCGCAAGGAAAUCUCUAAUAAAGAGUUACCAAAGAAGCUUUAAUGGAUUUGCUGCUUAUCUCUCCCAAGAAGAACAACAAAAGUUGGCUGGUUUUGAUGGGAUCAUCUCGGUAUUUCCAUGUCAAAAGUUGCACCUCCAGACAACAAGGUCGUGGGACUUCAUGGGAUUUCCAACAACAAUCGAACGGAGUCCAAGCGGUGAGAGUGACACCAUCAUCGGAAUCAUUGAUGGCGGAAUAUGGCCAGAGUCGGAGAGCUUCAGCGAUGAAGGCCUUGGUCCUAUUCCCGCUAGGUGGAAAGGAGAGUGUCAGGGUGGCAAAAAUUUCACUUGUAACAGGAAGAUAAUUGGAGGUCGUUACUAUGGAGUCGAAUAUUCUGUUAGAGACAUGCAUGGGCAUGGGACCCAUGUUGCAUCUACCAUAGCUGGGAGGCAAGUGAAUAAAGCAAGUUAUUACGGUGUAGCACAAGGAACUGCUAGAGGAGGCGUUCCUUCUGCAAGGCUGGCUGUUUAUAAAGCCUGUGACGUGGACUGUAACAUGAGAGAUAUCUUGACAGCUUUCGACGAUGCAAUAUCGGACGGAGUUGACAUAAUAUCUAUUUCUGUCGGGAGCAAUGAUCCGCUUGAGUUUACCUCCGACCCGAUUGCAAUCGGAGCUUUUCAUGCGAUGCAGAGAGGUAUUCUCACAGUCAAUGCUGCCGGGAACUCUGGUCCUGGUUUGUAUACAGUCACAGGAGAUGCUCCGUGGAUCUUUGCUGUUGCAGCAAGUCAUACGGAUCGAAGAGUUCUUACUAAAGUCCUUCUUGGGGAUGGUACAAUUCUAAUGGGCAACUCUAUUAAUGCUUUCCCUUCCAGUAAUGAAGAAUUGCCUCUUCUUUAUGGAAAACAAGUGACAAGCAAGUGCUCUGAAAAUGAAGCAAGUUAUUGUCAUGCAAGGUGCUUAGACGGUAGCCUCGUUGAGCAAAAAGUGGUUCUAUGUGAUGACAAUAGAAACACGAAUUCAGUAAAAGCAGCAGGAGCCAUUGGUUGUAUUGUCCCAGAUCAUGGAAAGAAUGUCUCUGAGGUCGAACCCUUCCCUAUUGCUGGUCUAAAUACAGAUGACGUUAGCUUGGUCAAAACCUACCAAAACUCUACCAGAUCACCUAAAGUUCAAAUCUUCAAAAGCCAAGCUAUUAACAAUCAAGUUGCUCCUGUUGUCGCCUCAUUUUCUUCCCGAGGACCGAGCAAAUUUAUAUCUGAUAUUCUAAAGCCUGAUAUAACAGCCCCUGGUGUGGAAAUUCUGGCGGCAUAUUCACCAAUGGCUUCACCAUCUCAUACCCAUAUUGACAAAAGCUCUGUGAAGUACAAUAUCCUAUCAGGGACAUCCAUGGCUUGCCCACAUGUUGCUGCUGCUGCUGCUUUUGUCAAGUCAUUUCACCCAAAUUGGUCUCCCUCAGCAAUAAAAUCAGCACUCAUGACCACGGCAUGGGAAAUGAAUCCUAACCGGAGCAUAGACGCUGUAUUUGCAUAUGGGUCUGGGCAUAUUGAUCCCCAUAAGGCUAAAGAUCCGGGGCUUGUGUAUGACAUGUCUAAAGAAGACUACCACAAGAUAUGGUGCAGCAUGUCUCGAAGCAUAAAUGCUACGUGUCAUGCCAACUUGACGCUUAGACAACUGAACUACCCUUCCAUGGCGGUUCAAGUUGACGUGAAUACUGCAUUCUUGGUGUCUUUUCCAAGAACAGUGACGAAUGUGGGUAAAGCUAAUUCAAAGUAUGUUGCUUCCAUAAAAGGAAGCACAAAGCUCAACAUCAUUGUUGACCCCGACAAUCUACAAUUCACAUCACUAAACCAAAGGAAGUCUUUUGUGGUGACUGUUACAGGAAAAGGGAUCGAAUUGCCACUAACAGUAGAGAGUGUGUUAUUGUUAUGGACCGAUGAAGAUGAUACUCACAAGGUCCGUAGUCCAAUUGUGGUGUAUACGGGGAACACCACCAACACCACUUCUAGUGAUCAAAGAGCGUCAACAUCACCAAAAUUUUGUAAAAACUUUCUAAUUCUUUUUGUUAGCAUUAUUAUAGCUAAUUGUGUUUAUAUAGUCUAG